CAUGUUUGAAAGCUACAAUAUGAUGAAAGAGCAAGUCAGAAAGGCAGAAGAGGAACUAAAAAUACAGCAAAAGGAAUUAGAAAAAUCAAAAAAAGAGGCUCAGAAGUGGUACAGAGAACUUGGUUUUGCUGAAACAAGGUAUGAAGAAACCAAAACUCGGUUGAUGGAGGCUCUCUCAGAAUUAGACCGCCUUAAGCAAGAAGCUGGGGACAAAAUGCAGGGAGAGCAGCACUGCAGAUUAAUGCCUGAGUUCAUAUUGAAGGAUGCCCAGGAAAAAGAGAUGAAUAAAAUAGCAUAUAUGAGAUUAGAGCAGCAAGUGUUGACCCUGAAAGCCCAGCUCAGAGACCAGGCUGCAUUACAAAAUCAGUUUCAUGACUUGCAAACUGAAGUGGAACGCCUUCAGGCUCAGCUAUAUGAAAAGGAGAAAGAAGUGCAGAAGAGAAAGUCUGAAGUGAAGUUGACACUGGCUCCUCUGAAGGCUAAGCUGGCUUGCCUCACCCAAAAGUGCCAGGAAAGGAACAGCUUCAUUAGGAGAAUGCAUGGUGAAUUCCACAGGCAAGGAUUCAUUAACUCUGCAUUUGAUGAAGAGAUGAAGAACUUGGUGAAUGACGUGACCCUGGCAGAGUACACGGUUGCUUUUACACCAAUGUGUGAGCAAGAGCUGCUGCCUUCCUCCACAGACGUUUCACAGGUAAAUGGACAGCCAGAGGAUCGUGUGGCACAUGCCAAGGGGAGCAGGAUGGCUGGGGCAGGAUCUGCAGACUCUCACCCAGGGCUGGAGGGCCCCCACAGUUCUCCCAUCACCCCAAACAUGUGUGCUGCUUCUUCUGUCAGAGGAACAAGCCCAGAGACGAUCACAGCCUUGCGUCAAGAACUAAGAGAAAACCAUCGCAAAAAUUGCCAGAUACCUUCAGCUGUCCCCUGCAGCUCCAACCCGUGGGCUGGUCCCAGGCUGCCCGUGGUGCCCGAGGAAGCCCCUUGGCCCCUGCGGUCAGGGGUGAAGGACGCUGCGGUGCCCCCGGAGCGCGGUGCGGGGAGGGACCGCGUGUCCAAACGUGGGGAUCUGUUCUGGGGUCAAACGGGAAAUCAGCACGCAGGUGCUGUUCCCCAGGGAAUGAAACACAAAAACGCCACCAUGAAUAAGGCAUGGCUCUCUAGAGAAAAAACAGAUGGCUCAACCUCAGCUACCACAGCAGAAAGCUAUUUGCCAGACGUGUUGUCAGCAAGUAAUAAAGGUCGAUGUCCUGUGGGGAGAAAUCAGCUGCAUGGGAAAGAAUAAA